CCUCCACACCCUUUAACACUUGCAAGGUCCUUCUCCAGCCAUAGACCUGGACCAAAGCUGGAGUUGAGAAGACCUCUCCUUCACCCCAAAUAGUUUCUUCUCAGAAGUUUUAGCCAAAUGUCCUGUUUGUUCCAACCUUUCAAAUGAAUCUGGUUUUAACUAGCUUGGCAAAGUUAUAUGUGAUCUCUGAGAAACAGCUGAGUUCCCAGACUAGCCUGGCAAAUCUUGGACACAAUUCUUGUGCAGCUUCUUCCCACUUAGCUUUGUCAUCCUGCAAAAUUCCAUCGACUUUAAUAUUCCACCUCAUCACUACCCUCUUCCUCUCUGAUUAGAAAGUGGGGUCAUGAACCCUAAAUCUUCAUUUAAGGAGAGACUCCAGCUUAGAUAUCUCCUCCUCUCUGGCCUGGCUGCACUACUUUGGGACUUCUCUGAGUGACUUCUCCAUCCUAUCCUCCUUGUCAGACUUGGUCCAGUUCCCUGGAAAUAGUCACUGGUACCAGGCCAAGUCAGUGCUGUUGCCGUGUCCCCCUCACCGGAUUUCACCGUUGUGGGAAAAAGACCAUCUGUCCCAGGUUGAGCAAAUGUCCUAUCUUGAACACCAGGUCAGAAUCACUCCCAUAUCCCCACCACAUUCUUAUUAUUAUCAGAAUGAACUUGGAUCCUCGCCAUGGCUCAAACAUCUAGCCACAACUACACAACUGUCCCAAUCUUUUCCUAGGGCAAAGGCUGUGCCUUUACCUCAUCUUCAUCACCAUGAUAUGGCUAAAGUCUCCCCAAGUAACAAAUACCAGAAAGUCACCUCAGUCUUGGCCUUACAUAAUAGGCAUGAAAUUGAGGCCAAAGUAGCCUUGAAAUCCUUCCAACAGGAAGCAACUCCUUCAAGCUCUGACCACCUUCCCAAGAUUUUCCCAAGCUGUGACAAUUCAACUGAUAAUCUACUAUCUCUCAACCAAUCACUCUCAUCUCCAUCAUUCUCCGACAAUAAAGCUGAGUUUUCCCCAUUCCUCAGCCAUGGGUCCAUGAUAGAAAAAGGAAUAUAUCCUGACUUCCAGGGCAAGGACAAGCUGUCUGUUAUCUCAAUGAGCUCUGGUAACCAAACUAAAGUUGCAAGGAGGCCCCAAAGCCAAGUCAGGGCUACAACUGCUACUACAUUAGGAAAUUUAGAUUUGAGACAUACAGCCUCUAUUACUUCAUCAUCAUCACUUUGUUUUAACCACUGGUCCAGGGCAACAGCAUCAAAAACACCAGAAGUAGACCACUGGAUCCAGGCAAAAGCUUCCAAGAUGUCAUAUCCUGACCUCCACCUCAGGGACACAGUGUCACUACUAAGAUGUAUUGACCAUCACUCCAGGCCCUUGACUGAUUAUUCAUUACACCUCAACCAGAAAACUAGAGCAACUACUACAAACUCAUCCUGCCCCAAACGUUGUAUUAAAGGCAAAGCUUUGCCAUCACCAGCUCCAAACCAUCGGGCCAGGACAAGAGCUACCUCAUCACAAAGUGUUAAAUCAUGGGACAAGGGAUCAGCUAAUCACUGGGUCACAGCUACCUCUGUGCCCUUCCCAUUACACCACCAAAUGCAUGACGUUCCAAUCAAACAGGACUCAUCCCAAUGCACUCUUCAUCAUCAGGCCACUUGUCCACCCACUCCUGAAUACUACCAGGCCAAGUACGUGACAGACCCCAAUACCCAUGUCUUGCUUCAGAAAGAAAAAAAUCGUACAGAAGUCAUGCCACAAGAUCUGGACUACCAGUUCACAAUGCUAACAGGCCAGGUAUACUGGUCAACAUCCUCAGUGAACAUGGAAUACAAUGAUACUGCUUCAUUUGACUAUUACCAGAGGACCACAACUCCAUUCAGCGCUAGAUACCAGACUGAGUGUGAACCAGACCCUCAACCCCAGAUCACACUUCAAACAGAAAGAAAGAAUGAUUGGGAAAGAAUAUCAGUAGGAUCAGACUAUGAGGUGACACAUUUCACGGACCAAGAUCAAUGGGCAACACCUUCACACCCUCAGAACAGAACUGUCUCUGGUUCUGAACAUCAGACCAUAUCUCUAUCCAGCAAUGACCACCAGGCUGAGGAUAUAGCAGUAGAUUCUAAUACCCAGGUCAUAUUCCAACAAGAACAAGAUAAAUGGGAAACAUAUUGGAUGAAAGAUCAAAAGUCUUCACAUCCAUCCAGUGUAGACCACCAUGCCCAGGAGAUCCCAGGAGAUCCCAGAGACCCAAUAACAUUCCAACAAGAACUAGAAAAGUGGAAAAUACAAGACCCUAAGUUGACACCUUCAUCCAGCAAUGGUCACCAGGCUGAGGCUAUACCAGCAGACCAUAAAACCCAGGUCAUAUUUCAUCAAGAACUAGAUAAGUGGGAAAAAAUUUGGAAAAAAGGACAAAACAAUCAGUCCACAUCUCCACCAAACAAUGACCAACAAACUCAGAAUGUGCCAGAAGAUCCCAGAGUACAUAUUAUACUCAAGGGAGAACCAUAUGAUCAAGAUAAAUUUUGUACAGCAAGACUAGACCACCAACCCAUACUUUCAUCUGGAAAUGACCAUCAAAUUCAGGAUAUGCCAGCAGAUCACAAUGCACAGGUAAUAUUCCAUCAAGAAGAGGGGAAACAUGAAACAUUUUGGACACAAGGACAAAACCAUCAAUCCACACCUUCACUAAAUACUGACUACCAAGUCCAGGAUACUCCAAAAGACCCUAGUGCACAUGUUACAUUCAAACAAGAACCAGAGAAUUUGGACACAUUUUGGACAAAAGGACUAGAUCAGCAGCCUACGUCUUCACCUGGCAAUAAAUGGGAGACUGAAGAUAAACCAGACUUCAAUUCUAAGACUACACUUCAACAAAAAAUAGAAGAAUGGAAAAUACUUUGGCCAGGAGAACCAGAUAAGCAGAUAAGCCUAAAAUACCAAGAUGAAACUUCACCUGAAACUAACCACAUCUCCACAUCUCCACCCAGCUGUGGUGAACAGGCUUCAGACGUAGCAGAAUUUAGCAUCCAGGCCACACUCCAACAAAAAAUAGGCAAAAGGGAAACAUUUUGGUCAACAGAACCAGACAAACAGGCCACAACUGUAACAGACCAGGAAUACUGGGCUACAUCCCCAUGGGACAUAAAACAUCAAGGCAGAAUUUCACCUGACCUUCAUCAUGGAGUCAUACCUGUAAUCACACAUGAAGAUCAGGAUUCAGAUGUACCAGACCUCAGUCCCCACGUCACACUCCCACAAGAACUAGACAAAAGGGAAAUAUUUUGGUCCUUGGAACUAGAUAAGCAGGCCACAAUUCUCAAAGACCAGGAAUUCUGGGCUACAUCCCCAUGGGACAUAAAACAGCAAGACAGAACUUCACCUGACCUUCACCAUGGAGACACACCUCUACCCAUAAAUAAAGAUCAGGAUUCAGAUGUAUCAGACCUCAAUGUCCGAGUCACACUCCAACAAGAACUAGGCAAAAGGGAAACAUUUUGGCAAACAGAACUAGAUAAGCAGGCCACAAUUCCCAAAGACCAGGACUACUGGGUCACAACCCUAUGGAACAUAAAACAGCAAGACAGAACUUCACCUGACCUUCACCAUGGACACACACCUCUACCCACAAAUAAAGAUCAGGAUUCAGAUGUAUCAGACCUCAGUGUUCGAGUCACACUCCAACAAGAACUAGGCAAAAGGGAAACAUUUUGGCAAACAGAACUAGAUAAGCAGGCCACAAUUCCCAAAGACCAGGAUUACUGGGUCACAACCCUAUGGGACAUAAAACAGCAAGACAGAACUUCACCUGACCUUAACCAUGUGUCAACAUCUCUACCCACACAUGAAGAUGAGGAUUCAGAUAUAUCAGACCUCAGUGACCAGGUCACACCCCAACAAGAACUAGGCAAAAGGGAAACAUUUUGGCCAAUAAAACUAGACAAGCAAGCCAUAACUCUCAAAGGCCAGGAUAACUGGGUCACAACCCUAUGGGACAUAAAACAGCAAGACAGAACUUCACCUGACCUUCACCAUGGAGCCACACCUCUAUCCACACAUGAAGAUGAGGAUUCAGAUGUAUCAGACCUCAGUGACCAGGUGGUCACACUACAACAAGAACUAGGCAAAAGGGAAACAUUUUGGCAAACAGAACUAGACAAGCAGGCCACAACUCUCAAAGGCCAGGAUUACUGGGUCACAACCCUAUGGGACAUAAAAGACAAAGAUAGAAUUUCACCUGACUUUCACCAUGGGACUACAUCUCUACCCAUACAUGAAGAUCAGGAUUCAGAUGUAUCAGACCUCAGUGACCAGGUCACACUACAACAAGAACUGGGUGAAAGGGGAACAUUUUGGCCAAGAGAACCAGACAAACAGGCCACAACUCUCAAAGACCAGGAUUACUGGGUCACAACCCUAUGGGACAUAAAACACCAAGACAGGACUUCACCUGACCUUCACCAUGGGGCCACACCUCUAUCCAGACACAAGGACCAGGAUCCAGAUGUAUCAGACCUCAGUGCCCAGUUCACACUCCAACAAGAACUGAGCAAAAGAGAAACAUCUUAUCCAACAGAGAUAGAAAAGCAGGCCACAAUUCUAAAAGACAAAGUUUACUGGGCAACACCCACACUGGAUCUAAAACACGAAGAAAGAACUUCACCUGACCUCCAUCAUGGGGCUACAUCUUCACUCAGCUAUGAGGACCAGGAUUCAGAUGCAAUAGACCUCAGUGAGCAGGUCAUAAUCCAACAAAAAUUAGGUAAAAGGAAAACAUCUUGUCCUACAGAAUCAGACAAAAAAGUCGCAAGUCUAACAGACCCAGAUUACUGGGCCACAUUCCCAUGGGACAUAAAACAUCAAGACAGAACUUCACUUGACCAUCCCCAUGGAGCUACACCUCCACUCAGUCAUGAAGACCAGGAUUCAGAUGCAACAGACCUUAGUUCCCCAACCACACUCCAACAAGAACUAAGUAAAAAGGAAAUAUCUUGUCCUACAGAGUUAGACAAGCAGGUCACAAGCCUAACAGACAGGGAUUAUUGGACCACAUUCCCAUGGGACAUAAAACACCAAGACAGAACUUCACUUGAUCAUCACCAUGGAGCUACACCUCCACUCACUCAUGAAGACCAGGAUUCAGAUGUGACAGACCCUAGUCUCCCAACCACACUCCAACAAAAACUAAGUAAAAAGGAAACAUCUUGUCCCACAGAACAAGAUAAGCAGGUCACAAACCUAACAGACAAGGAUUACUGGGCAACAUCUCCAUGGGAUAUAAAACAUCAAGACAGAAAAUCCCUUGACUUUCACCACAAGGCUACAACUCCAUCCAGCCAUGGUGACAAAACUUCAAAUAUAUCUGACCUCAGUGCCCAUGCUAUACUCCAACAAGAACAAGGAAAAAGGGAAACAUUCUGGUCAACAGAAGUAGACCAGCAGGCCACAACUCUAACAGAUAAGGUUUACUGGACAACACCUACAUUGGAUCUAAAUCAUGAAGACAGAAUUUCACUUGACUUUCACCAUGAGGUCACUCAUCCACCCAGAAAUGAGGUCCAGGAUUCAGACGCAGAUGACCUCAGUGCCCAGGCCACACUCCAGCAAGAACUAAGCAAAAAGAAAACUUCUUGUCCUAAAGAAGUAGACCAGCAGGCCAUAACUCUAAUAGAUGAGGUUUGCUGGACAACAUUGCCAUGGGACAUAAAGCACCAAGACAGAACUUUCCCUGAUCCUUAUCUUGAAGUCACAUCUGCCCCCAGACAUGAAGACCAGGAUUCAGAUGUGUCAGAACUCAGUACUCAAACCAUAAUUCAACCAGAACUAAAUGAAUGGAAAACAUUUUGGCCCAGAGAAGUAAACCGACAGGUUACAACUCUACCAGACAAGGUUUACUGGAUAACACCCAUGUUGGAUCCAAAAUACCUGGACAGAACUUCACCUGACCUUCAUCAUGAGAUCACACCUCCAUCCAGCUAUGAAGAACAGGAUUCAGAUUUCAUAUACCUCAAUGGCCAGGCCACACUCCAACAAGAACUAGACAAAAGGGAAACAUCUUCUCCUACAGAGCUAGACCAGCAGGCCAGAACUCUAAAAGAUGAGGUUUCCUGGGCAACAUUGUCAUGGGACAGAACUUCAUCUGCCACGCCCCAUGAGCCUACAAGCCCAUCCAGCCUUGAAGAUGAUAGUUCAGCUAUAUCAGACCUCAGUGCUCAGUCUAUACUCCAAGAAGAAUUAGAUAAAUGGAAAACAUCUUGUCCCACUGAACUAGAUCAGCAGGCCAGAAUUCUAAAAGAUGAGGUUUCCUGGGCAACAUCCUCAUGGGGCAUAAAACACCCAGAUAGAAAUUCACCUGAUAAUCACCUUGAGGCUACACCUUCAUCCAACCAUGAUUAUCAGGAUUCAGAUCUGUCAGACUUCAGUGCUCAGGAAACACUCCAAUUAGGUAUAAAUGAAUGGGAAAAACUUUGGCCAACAGAACUGGAUCAGGAGGGCACAACUCUACCCAACCAGACUUCCUGGGAAAUGUCCCCAUGGGAUAUAAAACAGCAAGACAGAACUUCACCUGAUACUGACCAUAGAACCUCAACAUCAUCUAGCCAUGAAAAGAAGGAUGGGGAUGUACCAGAUCUCAAUGUCGAAGCUAUACCCCAACCAAAACUAGACCAAUGGGAAAUAAAGCCAUCAGUACUAGACCAAGAUUUAAGAGCUGAUCUCACAAUUCAACACUCCAGGACAGUACCUUCAAUUAGCAUAAUAGAGUCCCAGAAUGUGAUUCUAUCUGAUCCUGAGCACCAGAUCAUACCUCCAUCCAGCAAUGACUACCCAGUUGGGGAUAUAUCCAAGCCAAAUACCAAGAUUACAUUCCAACAAGGUCAAGAUGACUGGGAUAUAUUUUGGACAAGAUUAGACCAUCAGGACACAGCUUCACUCAACAAUGAUUAUCAGGUCCAACAUAUCUCAGGCCCUAAAGCUGACAUAAUUCAAAAAGAACAAGAAGAUUUAGAUAUAUUUUGGACAAGAACACUAGAGUAUUCAUCCAUGACUCCAACAAAUCAGGAUUACUGGACUGCAUUUCCUUUACUGAACAUAGAACAUCACAAUAUCAUACAACCUGAUCCUGACCACCAAGCAUCAUGUACAACCAGCCCUGACCAUCAAGCUGGAGACACAACAGAUCCCAAUGUCCAGAGUAUAUUUCAAACAAAAAAAGAUUCAUGGGAAACAAUGCCACAGGAAAUAGAACACAAGACCCUAAUUCUCACAGCCCAUGAUCAGGAAGCAAUAUUUCUACUGGGCAAAAACCACCAGGACACAAAUCUCCCUGGCUCUGACAACCAAGAUUUCAUUCUAUCCAUCCAUGACACUGAGGAUACUGAUGUACCAGGCCCCAAUACUCUAGUUACAAUACAACCAGAAAAAGGACACUGGGAAUUGAUGCCUCCUGAAACAGAUCACAUGGCAAUAAUAAGUUUCACAGUUCAUCAGCAGGAAGCAACACCUUCCCUAGCUUUAAACCACAAGGACACAAAUCCAUCUAACUAUCCAUUGGGCAGCUACUUCACUGAUCAUUUAGUCUGUCAUUAGACCAGCUUUUCUUAGUUAAACUGAACCACUGGGAAACAAUGCCACCAGCCCAGGAUUUCAACAACACAAGACUAUAAGGCAACAAUUAUACUGAGCAUUGACUUAAUUAAGAAUGCCAAACCUUGCCUGACCCCCAAAAUCAUGACAUACUUCUACACAACUCUAACGAUACAAAAUCAAAUUCCAGUGCCAAGAUCAUAUUUCAAAGAAAACAAAGCAGAGGCCAAGAACAGAUAAUCAGACCAUAGUCCUUAUAGAUCAGGUGUCUGAAACAAGAUUUCUCCUCAAUUUAGACCCCAAGAACACAGUUCUGCCUGAACCAGACUCUAAUUCCACCAUGCCUGACCAUUAGACUAUGGAUGCAUCAGGCAGUAAUGCCCAAUCUCAUUUCAUAUACAAAUCCACUUAAAAGCAGUUCAUAUACCUAUGGAGGUAUAACUCAUUAUCCAGGAUCAUGAAAAAAACACAUCUAAUGGGUUUAGACAAUCAGGAUAAAAUUCUACCUUGACUUAGCCAGAGUAUCAACUGCACUAAAUAUUGAUUAAAAAACAGUAAAAUUCCAAUCAAUGCCUAAGGGGUCUAGGUUCCACCAUAAUUAGGCCACUGAGAAACUAUGCUACUGGCAACAGACUUUCCCACCUCCCAAUUGCUUUGUGCAUUGACCUGAGGAUACAAGUCUCCCUAAUUCCAACUGUCAGAUCACAAUUCCCAAGUAGUCCCAACCAAAAGUCAGAAGCUACUCCAUACUCCCAAACUAAUACCUCCCUCACUCACCAAAAAAAAAAAAAAAAAACAAAAGUCAGUGACUACAGAUCAAGAGGUCAUACCUCUGUUUAGUCCUGAUCUUCCAGUCACUCUUCUACUCAGUCCUGAAAAUCAGACUCCACCACUUGGGCACAGUUCCAACAGAUAUGAAUGAUCAGGAAACAGUUCUACCAAGACCAGAGUGUAGUAUAACACUUUCAUCAAGUCCCAGCUGUCAGCCUCAGCAUAAAAUGAACUCUGCACAAGGAGAUAUGACAAUCAAUCUGAGCUCUAACAUUAGACCCAGGUAAAAUUAUACAAACUCCAUGGCAUUUAAAUUACAUCAAAACAUACAUCACUGAAAGAGAGUCAGUCUCUGCUACAACUGUUCAUGCCAUCCAUCAACAAUCAGGAGAAAAUUAAUGACAUCUCUAUGUAGAUUCUCCUGCUAAGAAUGAGGGAAACCUCUGCUCUACAACCUGAUAAACAUACUGCACAUGAUUAUAUGGUUUGCUUAAUUUAUGCCUCCUGUAUCCCAUAUUCAGGGAACAAAUUAUUAUUAUGAGGCAAAAUUGCUAACCAUACCAAAACAUCUGCCUGGCUCUGAAGAGGAGAUGGGUGUGAAAAUUUGUCCUUCAAGUACUGCGCUCAACACUUUUCUUCUUUUUUAAUCUUCAAGCCACCCAUUGUGGUUUGUCCAGGCCUUUAUAUUAUUCACCAGUUUCUAACUCCUUCCCACUCAGGCUCUAUACUCGCUAUACCUGCAAGGGCAAACUGGCUUCAAUUUAUACUAAAUAAUUAUUUCCAGGCAUUGAGGGCCACAUCUAGAAGUCAACAGCCAUCUGCAAGGGAAAUAGCCAUGAAGAGCAAGAGCAAUAGAGAAGAGGGGGCAAGGACAUAUUGGACAUUAAUCAGAUCCCUGCUAAAAGUAUUUCAAAGGUGACCAAGGAGAAAUUAAAUUAAAUAAACAUCAAUUUUAAAAGGAA